AAGCGUCCAAUGUAAUCCCCUUUCUUCUUCACCAUUCAACAUUCAACAUUACCUUCUCCCCGUCUGAUCAACUCACAUCGUGUCCGUCACACUGCCGUUCUCAACUCGCCUCUCCCGCAUUGCACGCGGUCCUUUUCUCCCUUCCAAACACCUACAAAACAGAUCCCUCACUAUGGCGUGGCGGAGCUCAGGCUCCAGCAACGAGACGCUCAUCGCGAACCUCGCGCGCAACGGCCUGAUAGAAAGCGACCGCGUCAAGGAAGCAAUGCUGCAGGUCGACCGCGCGCACUACGCCCCCUCAUCCCCCUACGACGACUCCCCCCAACCCAUCGGCCACAGCGCCACAAUCUCCGCCCCACACAUGCACGCCUCAGCCUGCACAUCACUCCUCCCAUACCUAUCCCCCGGCGCGCGCGUACUCGACAUCGGCAGCGGCUCAGGCUACCUAACAGCGGUAUUGGCGCACCUAGUCGGGCCCACAGGGAGCGUAGUCGGCAUCGACCACAUCGCGCCGCUGGUUGCGCUGGCAACGGGCAACAUGCGGAAGUCGGCGACGGGGCGCGCCAUGUUGGACGCGGGGCAGGUGCGGUUUGUGCUCGGGGAUGGACGCAAGGGCUGGAGCGAGGGCGCUCCGUAUGAUGCUAUUCAUGUUGGGGCCGCGGCGGCGGAACACCAUGAGGAGCUCACCAGGCAGUUGAAGGCCCCUGGGAGACUAUUCGUGCCGGUUAAGGAGGGCGCUGUGCAGCAUAUCUGGGUUGUGGACAGGAAGGCGGAUGGAAGUGUCGAGCGCGAGAAGUCAUUUGGCGUGCAGUAUGUGCCUUUGACAGAUGCUCCGCCCGGGUAAGGGUAAGAAUGUGGUGGGACCGAGGUGGUGGUAGAAGGGAAUAUGUUUCUGGGAUG